UAAUAUGGAGUCCAAUAAAACAAGGGAAAAUCGUUACUCAGAAGCUACAAUCUAGAAAUGCUCGGAGAAGUAGCAAUUUCCACCCCACUAUGGCUUUCUGCGCCCUGCAUUCCCCCCAGAAACUGCAAUUCCAUUCCCAGAAUUUGCUUUCUCAGAAGAAAUUCAAAUCCAACAGCGUCCUUCUCCCAAACCCAGUAUUUUUCUCACCUUUCCUCAUACCCUCUCCAUCUUUCUCCCUUUAAGGACAGCAAACCGCAGGCACAAUUAUCUCCAAAUGCCGCUUCUUCAUCUUCAGUGGAAUACACCGAGGAACCAACCACCAAUGUCAAAUUUCAAAGGUCUCUCAGUUUGCCGGGUUGCUCGAGUUCAUUGUCUCUAAUUGGAACAGGAUACAGGGAGAAAGUCUUUGCUAUCAUUGGUGUUAAGAUCUAUGCUGCAGGACUGUAUGUAAAUCAAUCUAUUCUAUUUAAAUUGAAUGCUUGGAAAGGGAAAUCAGCAGCUGAGAUUCAAGAAAAUUCUUCGUUAUUCAAUUCAAUUUUUCAAUCUCCUUUAGAGAAAUCAUUACAAAUUGUACUGGUUAGAGAUGUAGAUGGCAAAACUUUCUGGGAUGCCUUAGAUGAUGCCAUCUCCCCGAGAAUCAAAGCACCGACUUCCAUUGAUGAAUUAGCACUGUCCACAUUCCGUAGCAUCUUCCAAGGGCGACCCCUGAAGAAAGGAACUUUCAUAUUUUUGACCUGGCUGGACCCAUCCAAAAUGCUUGUUUGUGUGUCAUCAGAUGGGCUACCAGCUAGUGUGGAUGCUGAAAUUGAGUCAGAGAAUGUGACUCUUGCUCUUUUCGAUGUCUUUUUUGGAAACACACCCGUUUCUCCCUCCUUGAAAGAUUCAGUAGCCAGUGGGUUGGCAACAAUCCUCAAGUAGAUGCCAUGUUAGUUUCUUCAAAAAUAUUUUGGUAACUUGGUUUUCAGAUAUGCAUGUAAUUGCUUGAUUACUUGAGCCACUGUCUAUAUGUAACCUGGAUGGGAAUUGUUGUAGAAUUUAAAAGAAAAGGCAUAUUUCUCAA